AUGGCCGCGCUGCAGUACCUGGAGUCGUUGCGCAACGCGCAUCCGGAGCUCUCCGAUUGGUACAAUUCGCUCGCAGAUCUGUACCAGAAGAAGCUAUGGCACCAGCUCACUCUCAAGCUCGAGCAGUUUGUUGCUCUCGCCGUGUUCCAGGCUGGCGAUGCUCUGAUACAGUUAUAUCACAAUUUCAUCACUGAUUUUGAGACUAAAAUCAACCUUCUGAAGCUUGCACACUUCGCAGUAAUUGUUUCUCGGCAGUAUCCAGAGAAGGAAGCUGCUAUCAAUUACCUUGAAGGGGUGAUUGAGAAGCUUCAAGCCACUAGAGAGCAACGGAUAGAGGAACCAAUCCUUUACAUUAAGAUGCAAAUAGCAAUAUUCAAACUUGAGCAAGAAGACCAGAAAGAGUGCAAAAAACUUCUAGAAGAUGGAAAGAGUACACUUGACAGUAUGACUGACAUCGAUCCAUCUGUAUAUGCUAGCUAUUAUUGGGUUUCAUCUCAAUACCAUAAGUUCCGUCAGGAAUUUGCUGAGUUCUACAAAAGUGCUCUUCUUUAUCUAGCAUACACAUCAGUGGAGUCUCUCUCAGAAUCAUUUAAGCUGGAUUUGGCAUUUGAUUUGUCCCUUUCUGCGCUCCUGGGAGACAACAUCUACAACUUUGGAGAGCUGCUUGCACAUCCUAUUAUUAAGAGUCUUCUAGGGACAAAGGUAGAGUGGCUUUACUAUAUUCUCCAAGCGUUCAACUCUGGUGAUUUAGUCCGUUAUCAAGAAUUAUGUCGUGUGCAUAAUGCUGCUCUUAGAGCUCAACCAGCUUUAGUUGACAACGAGAAGAAGCUUUUGGAGAAGAUUAACAUUCUCUGCUUGAUGGAAAUUAUCUUCAGCCGGCCAUCUGAAGACAGGACUAUACCUUUGAGUAUCAUUGCAGAGCGUACAAAACUUUCUGUCGAGGAUGUGGAGCAUCUUCUUGUGAAGAGUCUUUCUGUUCAUUUGAUUGAGGGAAUAAUUGAUCAAGUUGAGGAAACCGUGCAUGUGUCCUGGGUGCAACCAAGAGUUUUGGGAAUUCCACAGAUCAAAUCGUUGCGUGAUAGGCUGGACGGUUGGUUGGACAAAGUGCAUACAGCUUUGUUAUCUAUCGAGGCGGAAACACCUGAUUUGGUUGCAUCAUGA